CUAGUUCUUCACCAGCAGACCCUCUAUUCAUCUCUAAAAAGAGCUUCAGUCAAUUCUAAACAAAAGAUGCGAGCCGCGAAUUACCAGCUUUCCUUCGGGAAAGAUAUGGAACGGCCACAAGAUUACGCCAGCGACGGUCUGGACGCUAUAGGUUUCAUCCACUUCUGGGGUAUUUCUCCGGCAACCGAUCUUCUAGGGGAUUUCACCGACGUCGUUCCGCAACCAGUACAGGAUGAUCCAGAAGGAUUAUCUAUCCAGGGAGGAUCUUCUUCGUCGAAGUGUAGUGCAUCUUCUACAAAAAAAGACAAGAAGUCCACACGCUCAAGCUUAUCGUUAGAUGACAUGUUGAAUGGAGUUACCUUGGACAGUGCUGCUGGAUCUUCAGAACCGAAGUUAGGAGAAGAUGAGGAUUACUAUAAUAUCCUAAUCUCAGGAGGCGCAGAUUUGAGGCACGUCAUCAAAACGGUUGCGAAGUGGCACUUGAAAAAGUCGAAAAAGAAGCUGAGAUUCUUCUUGCAUGAUCAACAGGUGCACAGAUUUUUGGUAGCUACGGAUAGCUGCCAUGUAGAAUCAAUACCAAGAAGAUAGAAGAACCACGAAUAGUAGAAGAACCACGACGACAGGUUCAUUAUCCUCAAAGGCCCUCUGACCCUUCAACGAACCCCAUCACAACAGGUCGAAGUAACCGCGCGGCACCUCCUUUUUCUCCAAAUCCUAACGAAUACCGACUUGACACCCCGUGACCGUGCGGAACUGUUCUUGACUCUAUACGGAAACGCUCUCGUCCGUGACAGAGACUCCAAAUACUUGAGUUUAUGGCUUCGUUCUUUUCGAGAUGGAUUUGUAAGUGCUUGUCUUGUUCUUCCACCCAGUUUUCGUCCUCAUAUUUAUUACCGUUUGUCAAACAUCAAAAAAUGAAGGCUUCUCUGUCAAUUCUGACUUUCCACUGCUGUGCUGAAGCUCUGAGUCCUAGGCUCCGUGUGUUUUCUAUCCGUUGUUAAAAGAAUUCCAUUUCCUUUGGUCUUCCUCGGUCUAUCUCAUUAUUACCGUUUGUGCAGAGGAGCUCUAAUCAUCGACCAAGUGAAGCGCCUCCUUAAAGUCGCUUCCGAAUCUUCGGCAGCAAAAAACGAUUUUCUGUCUGAAUUAGUGGACUUCAGUUGCCUCAAGUUCAAGGAUCGGGAUGCGUUCGAGGCGGUUUUGCAGGGUUGGAAAGCCGAUGUGCCCUUUGACGUGGAGAAAUUGCGCGACGAUCGCUUGAGAGGCCAUUACCGUGCUCGCUACGAGUGGCGGAAGAACCUGCUGGAUGGACACUAUUAUGAAUUGUGAAUAACCAUCCACGUGGAUGGUCUCAGCGUCAUUUUCAACGUGCCUCACUCUAACGUCUCCAAACAAGUAUAGUAGCUGUGUCGUUCGUGCGUCAUGGACAAAUUAGAUACCCUUUAUGGGCUAUCCUCAGGAUAUUGUUGGUAGACCUAGACGUCGAACAAUCAAAUAACCCUGCUAAUGACCACAUUCCUCAAACAACUCUAACGUCUCCAAACAAACAUCAAGCCGAUUGCCAGCAUUAUCCACUGGUAUCAUUAUCGCGAUUUUGGACACACUGGUGUUGCUUUCGAGAGCCGGUUGGGAAGCUAUUCGGUGCCCAACCGCACACUAGCCAGCUAUAUCGAUGGAAAAUCGAGGGAGAAGGGAACCAGCAUUCUUGUGCGUGGGUAAUUUUAUUUACCAGAAUGCUACAAGUUCAAAUAUUAUCAGGGACCUCUACGGACAACUUUCUGAACACACAUUUACCAGAAUGCUACUUGGUGUUGAUCUUCUUGAAGAUUCCUGUAUAAUUCCUUGUGAACUGUUCCCUCCUUCCAAGCACCCACAAAAGUGGAAUUGAAUGAUCAUAUCUAUCAUACUAAACCCUAAAAAGCCGCCCUAGGCACGACUAAACCAGGUUCUGGGCAGACAUUGUGAAUGGACCCUAUUUUGCUUUUGGUACCGAUGUACAUAAUCCUCGGGAUAAAGUGCGGCUUUUCAAGAGGAGCCAAGAGCAGCACCGCAACACUGCUGUAGACGUUAGUGAGUUCAACCUGGAAGCGUGGAUCAGGUACUUCAUCUUCUUGAUGUUUUUACUAGAAGACCAUUCAUCUUCAUGUGAUUUUAUAGCAUUUCGGUUUCGCUUUAUUGUAAAGUUUCUGGCUUCAACAUCAUCAUCACCUCACGCUCCACAUACUUACGUAGAACUAUCUACUUCUUACCAUAGCCAUAUUUGAACUACAUCCACCUCGUGAAUAACACGCUUCUCCACCUUGUGAAUAACACGCUUGCUACACAGAGAAAUGCAGACCUUCGAAGAAUUCAAUUUACCUCCGGAGAAGCCUGAAGAAGCAGAGUUUCCUUUCCAUGCGUCAGCAAUGGACGAUUUACGGGCAGGAAACCGCAUCGAAGAGGUCGACGCUGAUGGAAAAGUGAAGGAGCCGGAGAAACCGGAAUGGGCCAAAAAAAAGAGACUCCCUGCCAUGGAAGGCUGUAAAGUCGUGCUAUUGACAGGAGAUUUGGUUAUGGAACCGAAGACGUGCGUCUUUAUUGAUUAGAAGUAGCUUGUGUUUACCGUCGCGACCUGGAACAUUCAUUUUCAUAUCUACUUGCUAAGUGAUGUACAAGAUUUGGAUCUAGAGUGCCGGAAUUAAAAGUUCAGCACUUGUUGCUCACUGUUUCACCACCCCCCUUUCAUAUCCGAGGAGAACCUGAAGAAAUCGAAGUACGAGCAAGCAUUUGACCGCGUUUUCUUCGGAAAUAUGGCAGUUUUGCCUGUCUUAGAGGCAAGUGGCAUGGUCGGGUCGGCGGCAGCAUUAGCAGAUGAAGAGAAAAAAGCGAAUAAGAAAGACGCAGAGACGAAAGAAGAAAGUCAAGAAACAACUUCUGCAUCUAGUACCUCCUCUACAACCCCAACUACGAACCACUUCGCUCGAAGUCUGAAACCCCAAUGCGUCGUAACAUGCGAAAGUAUGAAAUAUCAGGUGCAUUUCGAGGCGCGCAUGAAACUCGGUUUCAGACGACGGAUGCGGGAAGCAUUUGAAAAGCUUGGUAUGGAAAUGCACAGAGCAGACCGACUUCCAAAUCCAAAGGAUGUCAUUCCGGAAAGUUAUGGGUGAGCAUGGGAAGAUUGGCAUCAUAUACUACACCAACAAAAGUAUCACUAGCAGGUGCUCAUGAAUGCUUAUUUCAGCUUCCUUUUACUAGUAUGUGUCGAUCAUUAAACCCGAAGUAGUACUCGUAGUACAACGAGGAGCAGAACCACAACCAGGCCAAUGAUCUGCUCUAAUAUUAUCGCGCGCGAGAAAUCGAAUUCUCGCUUCCGAAUUUUGUACAUUUCGCACCUGGCGACGUGUUGCGCUCAACAUGCAAUGCUGGCGCAGGUGGCGGUCAGAAAAGCAGUAGCAGAUUAGAUGAAUUAGAUUUUGACUAGAUCAUGAAGAGGAGCUUUUCUUUUCUUUUCUGUACUUGAUGUGAAGAGACGAAAAAGACUGCCAUAUCUUGAUCGGGAAGAGGAGGAACCUGUGAAUGUAUGGCUUUUCUUUUCGUAAAGAACUUGUAACGUUUAAGGUAAAGGUCUCCGGCGAUUGAAAAAGAUGAAAAGCACUGAAACUUCCCAGAUUUAGUGUCCGUUCUUGCACAGAUAAAAAAAUUUCCAUCAGACACAGUAAUGUGUCUACAAAAACAAUGUGUCUACAAUGAGUUUCAUGUUGUCAUUGUUGUAUAAAACGUGAUGUGGGAAGAUCUUUACUGAGAACUUUUGGUUUUCCAAGCAGAGCCCCUGCAAAAAAGUAGUAUACAU